AUGAAGUACUCCCUCCUCAGUGUCAUUGCCCUCUUCGCGGCAUCAGCCACCGCCCAAACCAACAACGCCAUCGCGGGCAUCGACGAUCGCGCUCGUUCGCUCCACGAGGUGUCUGAACCCGAAGGCGAUGCCGACGUCAACGCCACCGCCAAGGUGACUCUACCCAGAGGCGAUGCCGACAUCCUCGCUUGCCAGCAACAAAACACCAACUACAUCCCGUCUCUCAAGGCCGGACAGUACGUGUUGUGUCUGCCGACUGCCUUGGACAACUUGACAGCCAUCCAUGAACCGAUCGGAGCUGCCGACCGUGUCUCACUGCUGCAAAAGUACCACACGCUCAGCUGGGACUGGAAGAACGUUCCCCUCGAGGAGUUCCUCGGUGCAUUCCGCGACUUGAUGCGCCGAUUGGAUCGUGCGGCACUGAACGAGUUGCCGUCGUUUCGGGUAAACAAGUUGCUAACGCUCAUGCCAAAGGAAAUGCGGAUGUCGUCGCGACGACGAUAA